AAUAAUAAUAUAAUACUUGUACAUUAAUUUAUAUUCAUAAAGCAAAGAUAAAGCUUAGAUUCAGAAUUGAUCUUCACAUAUGUUUCCCUAUGGCUCUGUUUAAGGGUUAAAGCGUUUGGUUUCCUAGGAUACCGAUAGCCACAAAAUAUUGUGGCCAAAACAGUACCAUUUUGAAGCUGAAGGAAAAUGGACGUACUAUCGCAUUACAGCUCACCCGUGGUUGAAUUUCCGGCAACACAGCCGUUGGAGAAGCAGCACGCCCUGGUGGACAACUGUACGGGCACUGAUCCACCGCCUCCUAGCAAAGACACCGCUACCGGAACGCAGGAGAAGCUGCAUGUAGCCACACAAACGGAGCGACGAGUAGUUAGCAGCAAGGAUGUGGAAUACGAUGAGAGGGCUUUGGCCAAGUGGCUGCGACAAAUCUGUCCCAUGGUAGAACGAGAGCUAAUGAAUUCCACUCUUCUGAUGGAGGAUCAAACGAUGAGUCAGUGCCGCUUGGAGGAGGAACUGCAGGUGUACACGUACCAGAAGCUGGCAAUGGGUGGUGCGGACAACUCGCAAGGACUGGCCAUCUGGCUGUGUGUGCAUACCAAUAAUGCUCCAGUUCUGGUGGCCACCACGGUAGCUCCCCAUGAUGACUGGUGCGAGCAUGUGGAUCAGCAGCUAAAACUGUUUGUUCCCCAAAGAAUGUCCAGUGGCAACCUGGUGAUGUACACAGAGGCCAAAACUCUGCCCCUAAAAUCCUGCUUGCGAAGUCUAUGCACAAAUCCGUUCAACAAGACCAUGUUCGCUGGCUCCACCAUGGACGGGGAGCUAUUCAUCUGGCUAUAUGAGCAGGCGAGGGGUUCCGAUAGCGUCGAUAUCAAACAGCUUUACAGUGUGUCGUCUGCCCAGGGUGCUGCAGUGGCUCUGGACUGGCCGAGGGAACAGCUUCUGUUGGCCUGCUUUGCCAAUGGCAGCGUUCGACAGUGGGAUUUGAGCAGGCAGAUGGCUCUGGAUUGGGAGUACACCCUUCCCGCAACGAUUACAUCAGAGCCCACGGCAAUGUUGACCCUUGGUCUGGAUGAUUUCGUCGUGGGCACUAACGAUGGUGGCGUCUAUCGCUGCUGGAACACUCGGCGCCAAACCGCAGCCACCAAGCAGAUCAAAUUGUUGGCCCUACGGCGACAUCUUUUCAUGGUGACCACGCUGAUUCGCACUGAAAUGGAAGGCAACCAGUUCGUCCUGAGCUGCGAUCUCAGUGGGCAAGCCUUCUAUCACGAUAUGCGUCUUGUGGAUGAGGUGAUUACAUGGCAAACAAACCAGCUGAGCUUUAUUUAUUUCCUCUUUACUGCUGUACAGGAUAUGACUCAGUUGAUAGUACAAAUCCCACUACCCUUUAAGAACGUAAUCGCCUGCAGUCGGGAUGGGAACAUCAUCUACUGCCCAGCCAAUGAUGGAUCGCUGGAAUACUAUAGAGUGAGUGAUGGAGCACAUGCCCAUGUCAAGGGAGGACUUCGCGGCAAGGGAAGCCUUAUCCGAAGUAGCGACAAUGGGCGCUGGUUAAUUGCAGGCCUCUAUGGCGAUGAAUUCCAGAUAUUUUACGUAGAAUACUAAAGGGUCGAUUUGGAUUUUGUUCUCAAUAAUCGCUUGUAUUUGCAUUACUGCUUAUGUUAAUAUGUACGGUUUCAUCUUCUCUUAGGGUUGCUAUAUACACGAUUUUAUUUUAAAAUUUUUCAGAUCUCUAACAAAUACCACAUGUAAAUAUAGACUAUGUAUUGUA